AUGGCUGGCGAUGAUGCUAACACUCCCAAACCUGAAUCAAAAACAUUGCAUCCAGUUUACUCGGUAGCCAACAUUCAAAACAAGAUCCGCACACUCGAUGGGGUUAAGGUCACAUACUCGGCAUGGGUCAAGCUCUUCAAGCUCCAUGCACGUGGUUAUCGUGUCCUCAACCAUAUCGACGGCACUGCUCCACCGGCGAAGACCGAUCCGACUUACGAGUCGUGGGCGGAAAUCGAUGCAAUCGUUCUCCAGUGGGUUUAUGGAACCCUCUCGGAUGACUUGCUUGUUCGGGUUUUGGAUGCGGAAACCACUGCUCGUCUUGCUUGGGAGAAGAUUCAAAACAUCUUUAUCAGUAACAAAAGCUCAAGAGCAGCCACAUUGGAACAUGAAUUCACCAACACUACUCUAUCAUCUUGCGCCUCUCUAGAUGACUACUGCCAAAAACUAAAAGAUUUGGCAGAACAACUAGGUGAUGUGGAUCAUCCGGUCACCGAAUCACGUGUAGUGCUACAGUUGGUGAGGGGGCUUCCAACGGAGUUCGACACGGUUGCCUCUUUCAUCAACCAAUCAAGCACGACGUGGGACAAUGCGAGGAGCAUGCUGCAAUUGGAACAACACCGUCAGAAUGCUCGACAACAACCUACUCUUGUUGCUUCACGAAGCAACCCACAGCCGCCACCUCCUCCGCCGGGCUUCCCGGCUCCGGUUCAAGACACUUCUGCUCCCAAUUCAACCAUGUAUGACCAAGGCUCCUCCCGUUCUUUCACCCGUGGACGUGGCAGGGGUCGCCGUGGUGGUGGUCGGAACAACAACAAUAAUCGUGGGGGUGGUCGGUCUGGAUCGGGGUACCUUGCUCAGCCUACCCCACCAGGCUUCUCAACUCAGCCGCUAAAUGCUUACGCCCCAUGGGGGUCUCCGGCUGCCUACCAACCUUGGGCGCCGCCGCCAUGCCCCUAG